UUUGCUACGCUGUCGUCAUUAAAUCGCGCAGGAGGCCGCUCAUGCUGAGAAAAGAAACGUGAACGACUUAUUUUAUAAACUGUAUAUACAUUUGCCACAUUAGAGCGGCAAAUAUGAGGGAAACUCCUUUAUCAAACUGCGAGAGAGUCUUUCUCCUUAAAUCUAUCGAGCAAAAAAAGCGCUUGGAUGGAAGGCAAAGCUACGACUACCGCGAUAUAAAAAUCACAUUCGGAACAGACUACGGCUGCUGUACAGUCAGUCUGGGGAAAACGAGGGUGUUGGCUCAGGUGUCGUGCGAGUUGGUCCCGCCAAAAGAUUCCCGUCCCACCGAGGGCCUCAUGUUUUUUAACUUGGAGCUUUCUCCGAUGGCAUCGCCCAGUUUUCAGUCCAACAGGCAGUCAGAGUUGUUAGUGACACUGAACAGGCAGCUGGAGAGAUGUCUGAGGAACUCCAGAUGCAUCGACACGGAGUCUCUGUGUGUCAUCUCAGGAGAAAAGGUGUGGCAGAUUCGAGUGGACGUUCACGUUCUGAAUCAUGACGGGAAUUUGAUGGACGCAGCGAGCGUCGCAGCCAUAUCGGCCCUCUGUCACUUCAGAAGGCCGGAGGUCGCCAUCCAGGGCCGAGACAUCACUGUGUUCAGCCCGGAAGAAAGGGAUCCGGUUCCGCUGAGUGUUUACCACAUGCCUAUUUGUGUGAGCUUCGCCUUCUUCCAGCAGGGCACGUAUUUGCUGGUGGAUCCGUGUGAGAAAGAGGAGCUGGUCAUGGACGGACUCCUGGUCAUAGCCAUGAACAAACACAGAGAGAUCUGCUCCAUUCAGUCCAGCGGAGGCAUCAUGCUACUCAAAGACCAGGUUCUGAGGUGCAGCAAAAUAGCCAGUGUGAAAGUGUCAGAAAUCACUGAGCUCAUCAGUAAAGCCUUGGAAAACGACAGACGAGUCAGAAAAGAAGGCGGCAAGUUCGGCUUCGCAGAGUCCGUAGCUAAGGAGCGAAUCACAGUCCUGACAAGAGAGGAAGCUCCGCUGGAGGUGACGGACGUCCAGGCGACAGCUGAUGAAAUCAUCAGCAAAGCGGACGCUCCUCCUGAAACCGUGCCCUCCCCUGUCAUUGUAGCCAAUGGAACUGGACAGGUGGGGGAGGGGCUACAGAACACUUGGGGUUUGGAAGAAGACGAUGAGGAAGAGGAGAUGUCUGACGUAACUGAGCGGGAGAAGAAGAAAGAUGAAGUGAUGGUCAUCUCAGACAGUGAAGAAGAAGAAGUUGUGAUUUUGAAUCAAGACGAGCAAAGCAAACGCUCGUAACUCCGAAGAGGAAAACUGUGAAAGAGAGAAGACUGUUCUCCGUGUGUGUAACCGCUUACACUCUAGCCGAUGUUUCCAGCCUGUCAUUACUCAAGAAUAACAAGAAGAUGGCAUGAAAGCUGGCUUUCUCUUCAGUGCCUUUAGAUUGAUCAAAUUGAUCAUUUCUUGGGCAUCAAAGGAAGACAAAUAAGAGUUAAAUAAAUGUUUCUUUUUUAUUAAAACUGUUUGAUUCAC